AUGUCUCUCUUUAGUGAUAUUUGUCAAUCAAUGGCAAACUUCGAAACAGUGUGUCUGUGGAUAUCUAUCUAUCUAUCUAUCUAUCUAUCUAUCUAUCUAUCUAUGUUCCUGUUCAUGGAAUCUGGUCUAUCUAUCAGAGGUUAUCUAUCUAUCUAUCUAUCUAUCUAUCUAUCUCACUAUCUAUCUCUUCCAGUUUUCUUUCUUCCGGUUUUUCCAUUCUUUACCUUUUCUUUCUUUCAUUCUGAAUCUGAUUCAAUCAUAUCUGUUCAUAUCUAUCUAUCUAUCUAUCUAUCUAUCUAUCUAUCUAUCUAUCUAUCUCAGUCAGUUUCUUUCUUUCUUUUUUCAUUCUUUAUUUCUUUCUUUCUAUCUGAAUCUAUUCAUAUCUAUCUCUCUGAAUCUAUCUAUCUAUCUAUCUAUCUAUCUAUCUAUCUAUCUAUCUAUCUAUCUAUCUAUCUAUCUAUCUAUCUAUUUCAGUCCGUUCAUAUCUAUUUCAGUCUGUUCAUAUCUAUCUAUCUAUCUAUCUAUCUAUCUAUCUAUCUAUCUAUCUAUCUAUCUAUCUAUCUCAGUCAGUUUCUUUUUUCUUUUUCAUUCUUUUUUUCUUUCUUUUAUCUGAAUCUAUUCUAUCUAUCUGAAUCUAUUCAUAUCUAUCUAUCUAUGAAUCUAUCUAUCUCCGUUCAUAUCUCUAGUCAAUCAUAUCUAUCUAUCUAUCUAUCUAUCUAUCUAUCUAUUUCAGUUUCUUCCUUUCUUUUUCAUUCUUUAUUUCUUUCUAUUGAAUCUAUUCUAUCUAUCUCUGAAUCUAUCUAUCUAUCUAUCUAUCUAUCUAUCUAUCUAUCUAUCUAUCUAUUUCAGUCCGUUCAUAUCUCUUUCAGUUUUUUCAUUCUUCUAUUUAUUUCUUUCUAUCUGAUCUAUCUAUUCAUCCGUUCAUAUCUAUUUCAGUCUGUUCAUAUCUAUCUAUCUAUCUAUCUAUCUAUCUAUCUAUCUAUCUAUCUCAGUCAGUUUCUUUCUUUCUUUUUUCAUUCUUUAUUUCUUUCUUUCUAUCUGAAUCUAUUCAUAUCUAUCUCUCUGAAUCUAUCUAUCUAUCUAUCUAUCUAUCUAUCUAUCUAUCUAUCUAUCUAUCUAUUUCAGUCUGUUCAUAUCUAUCUAUCUAUCUAUCUAUCUAUCUAUCUAUCUAUCUAUCUAUCUAUCUAUCUAUCUCAGUCAGUUUCUUUCUUUCUUUUUUCAUUCUUUAUUUCUUUCUUUCUAUCUGAAUCUAUUCAUAUCUAUCUCUCUGAAUCUAUCUAUCUAUCUAUCUAUCUAUCUAUCUAUCUAUCUAUCUAUCUAUCUAUCUAUUUCAGUCCGUUCAUAUCUAUUUCAGUCUGUUCAUAUCUAUCUAUCUAUCUAUCUAUCUAUCUAUCUAUCUAUCUCAGUCAUCUGUUCAUUUCAUUUCUAUUUUUUUCAUUCUAUCUAUCUUAUUUCUUUUUCAUUCUUUAUUUCUUUUCUUUCUAUCUGAAUCUAUUCAUAUCUAUCUCUCUGAAUCUAUCUAUCUAUCUAUCUAUCUAUCUAUCUAUCUAUCUAUCUAUCUAUCUAUCUAUCUAUUUCAGUCCGUUCAUAUCUAUUUCAGUCUGUUCAUAUCUAUCUAUCUAUCUAUCUAUCUAUCUAUCUAUCUAUCUAUCUAUCUAUCUAUCUCAGUCAGUUUCUUUCUUUCUUUUUUCAUUCUUUAUUUCUUUCUUUCUAUCUGAAUCUAUUCAUAUCUAUCUCUAUGAAUCUAUCUAUCUAUCUAUCUAUCUAUCUAUCUAUCUAUCUAUCUAUCUAUCUAUCUAUCUCUAUCUAUCUAUCUAUUUCAGUCCGUUCAUAUCUAUUUCAGUCUGUUCAUAUCUAUCUAUCUAUCUAUCUAUCUAUCUCAUCUAUUUCUUUCUUUCUUUUUCAUUCUUUAUUUCUUUCUUUCUAUUUGAUUCUUUAUUUCUUUCUCUGAAUCUAUUCAUAUCUAUCUCUAUGAAUCUAUCUAUCUAUCUAUCUAUCUAUUUCAGUCUGUUCAUAUCUAUCUAUCUAUCUAUCUAUCUAUCUAUCUAUCUAUCUAUCUAUCUCAGUUCUUUUCUUUUCUUUUUCAUUCUUUAUUUCUUUUCUAUCUGA